CUCUCCACUUGUGCAAACGCACAACACUGCGCAUCAACCACAUCCCGCGCAGUCUCUCGACAACACUGGCCAACCUUCACUUUGCGUUCGCCUCCGCUGCAGAAUCCAAUUCACUGGCCUCCUAUUUAAUUCACCGGGCCUCACCACCCCCUCCACCUCUUCUCUUGCUCCAUCUCACACCCUCACCCCUUGAUACAUCUUCACGCUCAUCUCUACCAUCCAUUUUCUCAUCCUCCAUCAACACCAUCAACGUCAAUUGACCAUCACUAUGGCGCCGAGCAAUUCAAAAGCAAACUAUAGAAGCUACGAGGCACAGGCGCGCAUGAUCCGUGCCAUUGUCGCCGCUCACCCCGAAGUCAAGUGGAACUACAAAGGUACGCUAUCAACCUUCUUUUUAUCUCUCUUCUACCAUCCACCACCAAUGCCUAAUCACACACACACACACACACAUUGAACAUUCUUUGACGCCUUCUGCUCUCUCCAGAAAUUGUCGCCUGCUAUGGGUCCGACAUGACAGAGAAUGCGCUCAACCACCGGUUCCGCAGGCUCAAGACGCAGACGCUCAUUAUCCGCAAAGCCCGCGAACAGGGCUUCGACAUUAAAGACAUGACCUGCAACGAGGCCAUACUCCCCAUUGCCCAGGAUAGGGUCGAUAUAGAGAACAUUGCUAUGUACUUUGAAUCUGGCGGCAACCCAGCCACGGCACUCGACCUCACAAGCACCACACCCGCCGCCACGCCAUCCCGAGGCCCUGGUGGACGCAGCACCACCAAGACACCCACGAGCAAGCGCGUCAGAAAGACGCCCGGCAAAGUCAAGCCCGAGCCUACUUCUGAUGCAGAAGAUGAGGACGACUACGACUACGAUUCCUCCUCGGACAGAGAGCAGAGUCCGUCCAAGCGCGUCAAGGCCAAGACGGAGACGGCUCCCAUCCGCAUGACGGACUUGCCUCGCAUGAGUGCACCGCAUUCCACAUUACGCUCAACGCAGUUUUCGUACACGCCUGCUCCUGCCCCUGCCCCUGCCCCUGCCCCUCCUACAGAAUCCAUCUUUGGCUUUAGGAACGGUGGCCAGGAUGAGUUUGCGGGAAACGGGACCUCGCAGCUGUCGUUUUACGGGUAUCCCGAGGCGCAAGACGACGGCGAGAUUUGAGCGUACCUUUCAGCACAUUAGAGUAUACAUCCUUUUCUGGAGUGAACGCGUUUAGGAAAAGGGAUAAGGCAGAGAAAAAUUACAGAUAUUGAAAACGGAAAUGGGAAAUGGGAAAUGGAUUUUUAUGGCAAGAUACUUUUAUAGCAAGAUACCCACAGCACUCACUACACAGGAUUGGCUAUGGCGAUGGAUAUAUGGCGUGCUCGUAUUAGACACAGCAUAACAACACACAAUGAUGACUACUAUUUUUUGACUACUU